CGUCGGGCCGUCGCUUCGUUGUGACGUCAAGGCGGCGGGAGAGUGAACCGGGCCCUUACCUCUCGAGGCGGGCUUACGGGCCAGACCCGCAGACCCCGCCGGCCGCGUCCUGGCCCGGAGGGGGUGCGAGGCCAGCGCGUGCAGUGACGUCCGGGGGUUUGCCCGCCGCGGUCGGCGACCCCUAAGGUUUCAGACUGCAGAACAGUGGGCGAUCGCGUCCCAAGUCGCUGGGCUCGGGUAAGGAGGUUGCCUGCCCUUGGCCUCCGGCGCCUUCCGGCUUCAGGGAGUGAUGGCAAGCAUCACCCAGCUAUUCGACGACUUGUGCGAGGCCCUCCUGCCCGCCGCACGGCCUCGCCCAGGGCAACGCAGCGUGGAUCGCAGGAGGGCCAAGCAGAGCCUCAAGAGGGUCGCCUACAAUGCUCUCUUCACAAGCCUUUUUCAAGAGGAUGCUCGUGCGUUGCAGCCCGACCUGUCAAAGCUCCCAGUGCGAAACAAGGUCCUCAUGUUGUCCUUUGACCUGAGAGUGGGCGGCCUGGGCCCCGAGGCUGACCGCUUGGAGGAGCUGGUGGAGGCCCUGGAGGCGACGUCUCGCAGCCCACUGCUGGAGGUGGGGUCCGUGUUGACCCUCCUAGUUCAGCUGGCGGGGAGUGGGCCCCCUCAGAUCCUGCAGAGAAAACGGGACUAUUUCUUUAACAACAAGCACGCAGGGAGAAACGUUCCGUACAGUGGAUACGACUGCUAUGACCUGAGCGUGUUUGAAAUGGACGUUCAGUCCCUCAUCGCCAGAGAGGAGUAUCUGUGUCACAGCAUGAUCCGGGAAACACUUCAGGUGAUGGAGGCGGCCCCAGGCACUGGCCUGCCCACCGUUGGUCACUUCUCGUUCGGUGACUCCUGUGGUGACAGGUUUGAGAGAGAUACGCGGGUCUCGCUUUUCGGUGCCCUUGUCCACAGUCGCACUUACGACAUGGAAGUUCGGCUGGACUUUCCUCCUGUGCCGGACAGCGCAGACCUUUCUGGACUGGCCAUUAAGGUCCCUCAGAGCGUGGAUCAGUGGGAAGAUGAAGGGUUCCAGUCGGCUUCCAAUUUAACUCCUGAUUCGCAGUCUGAACCAAGUGUGACCCCAGAUGUGGACCUGUGGGAAGCUGCGCUCACCUAUGAGGUCAGCAAGCGGAGGUGCUGGGAGCGAAUCGGAUGCACUCCUGGCCACAGAGAGGAGCCCUACCUCACAGAGGCAGGACGUGACGCUUUUGACAGGUUCUGCAGGCUCCGCCAAGAGGAACUGCAGGUGCUCAGCGGCAGCCUCCUGCAAGCCCCGCGGCCCAUGAUGGUGACAGAACAGGAGUUGGUGAAGGACUCACUCAAUGUCCUGCUUGGAGUGGCAUCAGCUACAUUCUCCCUUUGCCAGUCUACUCAAGCCUUUGUAGUGGCGCAAGGUGUCCACGUGUCUGGCGCCUCCCCUGAGAGCAUCAGCAGCAUCCUGUCAGAGGUGGCAGCGUAUGGGACCUGUUACACGCGCCUCAGCCACUUCUCCUUGCAGCCUGCCCUGGGCGCCUCGUGUGGCAGGGGCCUGGUGUUCCAGGCCUUCACCAGCGGCCUGCGCAGGUACCUGCAGUACUAUGGGGCCUGCGUCCUCGCCACCCCAUCCACCCUGAGCCUCCUCACCAUCGGUUUUCUCUUCAAAAAGCUGGGCCGGCAGCUCCGGUACCUAGCUGAGCUCUGUGGCAUUGGUGCCAUACUCCCAGGGGCUGGCGGAGGAGAGCCCAAGGCUUCGUUCCCCACUGGUGUGAGGCUGCUGUCCUACCUCUACCAGGAGGCACUGGACAACUGCAGCAAUGAACACUACCCCGUGCUGCUGUCCCUGCUGAAGACCAGCUGCGAGCCCUACACUCGGUUCAUCCACGACUGGGUGUACAGUGGAGUCUUUAGAGAUGUCUACGGGGAGUUCAUGAUCCAGGUGAACGACGAGUACCUGGGCUGCAGAGACAAGUCUUACUGGACCCACGGAUACGUGCUCAUUUCCAAAGAUGUGGAGGACUGUGUCCCUGUGUUCCUGCGGCACGUGGCGCAUGACGUUUAUGUCUGUGGGAAAACCAUCAACCUGCUGAAGCUCUGCUGUCCCCAGCACUACCUCUGCUGGUCAGACAUCCCCGUCCCGCGCAUCUCGGUGAUUUUCUCCCUUGAGGAGCUGAAGGAGGUGGAGAAGGACUGCGCAGUCUAUGUGGGCCGCAUGGAGCGAGUGGCCCACCACAGCUGCAUUAGCAAGGAGGAGAAGGAAUUACGUAUGGAAAUUGCAAAACAAGAAUUAAUUGCCCAUGCCAGGGAGGCGGCUUCCAGGGUCCUUCGUGAACUCAGUGACCGGCAAACCUCUGAACAGAUGGCCUUGGAUGCCCGGAAGCGAGAACAGUUCCAGCAGCUAAAGGAACAGUUUGUUAAGGACCAGGAGCGGCGCCUGGCAGCCAGACAGGAGGAACUAGAUGAGGACUUCAGCUAUGCCCGUGAGCUCCGGGACAGGGAAAAGAGGCUGCAGGCACUGGAGGAGGAGCUGGAGAAGAAGGCCAGGCAGGCACUGGUGGACCAUUACAGCAAGUUGUCUGCAGAGGCAGCGCGUCGGGAGCAGAAGGCCCUGUGGAGAGUCCAGAGGCACCGGCUGGAAAGUGCAAGACUCCGUUUCCUUCUGGAGGAGGAAAAGUGCCUUCAGGAGAUGCUGAGAGACCUGUCAGAAGUUCGCCACCCGCUGGAGCCACCGGGUGUCCUUCCGCUUGCAUGCUCUGAGGACCUGUCUGGAAGCCUGGAGCACUCAGACGGAGGCCAGACCUGUGAUCUAGGGUUCCCGGAGCAGCCUGGGGAUUGCAGGGGCGGGCUGAAUGUGCUAGCGCCACAGCCCCUACAGUCUCCAGCAGCAGGGGCUGGGCCAUUCUCUGCUGGCCUCAGCAUUGUGGACUUCCUGCCUACAGACUCAAGGGCUGAGCAGCCUGAGCAGGAUGGGACCCCCCUACUGGAUCAGGCACUGCAGACCAUCUGCUCAGAUCUGCUGCCCUCAUCCACGACAGAGGCACCCUCGGCAGAGGAGACUCUGCCUGCCCAGCCACAGGAAUAUGAUUUUAGUACCAUUCUGAGGCCAGCUGUGACUGCCGCACUGUCCCUAGGGCCUCUGCAGGCUGUCAGGGACAGUGAGGAGCAGCAGCUGUGUGUCAACACACGCGGGAGGCCAGAUGAGUGUGGGCCAGACAUACACCGGCCUCUUUGUCUGCCACACCCGCUCACACACAGACACGGUACAGCCCAAGAGGCCAACAGCCAGAUCCCUGGGGGGUUCCUUGCGCCCACAUUGGGUGCAGCUGCUCCGACAGAAGGCCGUGCUACUGAAACAGCUGCUUCUCAGCCAGGCUGGAACAUCCAUGGUCAUGUCUCGGACUCCAGUAUCCAAAUCGGAGAGAAUGUGUCGGACGUGGCUGCCUCCCGGCCACGCUGGAACAUCCACGGCCAUGUGUCUGAUGCCAGCAUCCGAGUCGGAGAGAAUAUGUCAGAUGUGGCCACCUCCCGGCCACGCUGGAACAUCCAUGGCCAUGUCUCGGACUCCAGUAUCCAAAUCGGAGAGAAUGUGUCGGAUGUGGCUGCCUCCUGGCCACGCUGGAACAUCCAUGGCCAUGUGUCUGAUGCCAGCAUCCGAGUUGGAGAGAAUAUGUCAGAUGUUGCCACCUCCCGGCCACGCUGGAACAUCCAUGGCCAUGUGUCUGAUGCUAGUAUCCAAAUUGGGGAGAAUGUAUCAGCUGUGGCUUCCUCCCAGCCAAGCUGGGGUGGCCACACCACUCAGCCUUUUUUUCUAGAAGCUAAGUCAAACCCCCCUAGGCUACCCUGCAGCCUUCCUGGCCAGGGGUCCUGGCCAGGCACCCCGAAAGUGGAGAGCUCUGCCCUGGAAUGUGGGCCAUCGAUCUCUGCUGAGGUGGAUCCUGCCACCCACUGCCCUGGAGCAGGCAGUUGGGAGGACAGCAGUCUGCAGGCCACGUCCUGUGCUAUAGCCGAGCCCGGCACUGUGGGAGACAGCGUCUCUGAGCAGCCAGGCCCAGGGAGGAAUGGGGACACAGAGGAUCUGUCUGCAUGCCAGCCUGGGGAUUCACAGGACACAGCCACCCCAGGGCAGCCCAGCCCUGGGGAGGGGGAGGUGGAGGUGGAUGCGGAGGCAGAGGCGGAGGCCCGGCGUUGGGGUGAGGAGCAGGCCUACCUGGCCAGCCUGGCGAGGCUGUACCCCCUGGAGCAGUACCCAGACAGCUACGAGGCUAUGUCAGAGCCUCCUGUCACCCACCUUGUCCAUCACGUGCUGCCCUGGGCCUUCACAUUCCCCAUGGGCCUUCAGGCCCAGCCAGCAGUGGAUGAGACUGCAGUGCAGCUGAGCGAGCUGCUGACUUUGCCUGUGCUCAUGAAGCGCUCCCUCACGGCCCCGCUGGCUGCCCAUGUCUCCCUGGUAAAUAAGGCUGCAGUGGACUUCUUCUUUGUGGAGUUGCACCUGGAGUCACACUUCGAGGCACUGCGGCACUUUGUACUGAUGGAGGAUGGGGAGUUCGCCCAGUCCCUUAGCGAUCUGCUCUUUGAGAAGCUUGCAGCUGGGCAGACACCAGGGGAGUUGCUCAGCCCACUGGCCCUCAAUGGCAUCCUGAGCAAGGCCCUGCAGUGCAGCCUCCACGGGGACUCGCCGCAUGCUGCUGGACUCUCCUUUGCCCUCAAGCACCUGCCUGAAGUCUUUGCCCCCAACACACCAGAUGUGCUGAGCUGCCUGGAGCUCAGGUACAAGGUGGACUGGCCACUCAACAUUGUCAUCACCGAGAGCUGCCUGAGCAAGUACAGUGCCAUCUUCUCAUUCCUGCUGCAGCUGAAACUCAUGAUGUGGACACUUAAGGACAUCUGCUUCCACCUGAAGCGCACAGCCCUGGUGAGCCAUUCUGCUGGCUCAGUGCAGUUCCGCCAGCUGCAGUUGUUCAAGCAUGAAAUGCAGCACUUCGUGAAGGUCACCCAGGGCUACAUUGCCAAUCAGAUCCUACAUGUCAGCUGGUGCGAGUUCAGGGCCCGGCUGGCCACAGUGAGUGACCUGGAGGAGAUCCAGCGUGCCCACGCUGAGUACCUGCACAAGGCUGUCUUUAGGGGUCUGCUGACGGAGAAGGCGGCGCCCGUCAUGAAUAUCAUCCAUAGCAUCUUCAGCCUGGUGCUCAAGUUCCGCAGCCAGCUCAUCUCCCAGGCCUGGGCCCCGGCCAGUGGCCCCCUGGGGACAGAGCACCCUAACUUCGCCCUUAUGCAGCAGUCCUAUAACACCUUCAAGUACUACUCCCACUUCCUCUUCAAAGUGGUGACCAAACUGGUGAACCGAGGCUACCAGCCCCACCUGGAGGACUUCCUGCUACGCAUCAAUUUCAACAGCUACUACCAGGAUGCCUGAGCAGCUCCUAGAGGGAGUGCACAAGAAGGACCAUGGAUGGGCAGAGGAAGCUGCUGCUUUAUUCAGAGGCCUGUCCCCCAGGGCAAAGGGGAUGGGGUGGCCUGGCUCUCUGCUAUUCACAAGCACUUGGCAGGGCCUUUGUCCUUGUGGCUGCCAGGCCAGAGCAGCACUGUUGAGCUUGCGUCAGACAGAGACAGGUCAGAGCCUGACUGGACGUCUCUGCUGUCAUGGAGAGCACAGGGCUGCAGGCUCAGCAGCUCAGCAGUGCUACAGCCUGGGAAGACCCCUGCGGCAUGGAGGCCGCUACGAAGAUCAGGUCACACAGAGCUCGGCUGCCCAGAGAGGGGGCUUGCUGCUGUAGGAUGGCCGCCUGCUGGCCCCUGUGGCAGCCCCUUCAGGGCCUGCAACCUCCAGGGCUUCUGCAUGCUCACCCUCAUGCUGGUAAGGGGACUCCAGCAGCUUCAGCACCCGUCGCACCUAGGGGAAAACUGGCGUGAGGCACCAACUGCCACCGCCUGUCUCCAGCAGGAGCAGUGGCAGGGAUAGGGGGCAUGCUUACCUCUGAGAAGUCCCCAUUCUCAGCAGCCUCAAUGGCGUUCUGUGCGAUGUAGUUCCGCAGGACAUACUUGGGGUUGCUGCUGUGCAUCACGUGUGUGUGUUUCACUUGCCAUGCAGCAGUGUCACCAGCGUCCUCCCUGUCCUUGUCUAGCCGGGCUCUGGAAUCAUCCCAGACCCCUGUCAGGUGCUCUGGCCCAGCCCUGGCCCAGGGUUGGUGCCAGGACCCAGCCCUGCUCACCUGUAGUCCUGCAGCCAGGCAGCCCAGUGUGCACUGUUACGGCUCUGCAGCUCCUCGGAGGUCAGAUGCUGCAGCCGAGACUGCUGUUCCACACGCUCCAGCUCUUUGGUGACAUUGGCUUGGGUGCCAAUAAGUGCAAAGAGCUGCGGGUUCGACUGGGCCAGCAUUAGCAUCAUGGAGAGCUGGCUGCAGAGGGGUGGCGGCAUCAGCCAGAGGUUGGUGGGUGAGGGGAGGUGAGUCCUGUGUGGUCACUGCCCCCACUAAAAAUCCUUUCUGCACCACUGA